AUGGGGUUUUCAAUGCAGUCUCAAUUUGGUGCUAUAGAAAGAAAAGUAGAAAUGCUAAUUUCUCGAAAAUCAAAUCCAGACAAAACUGAUUACCAGAGAGGAGCAUCUGUUGAUAUGGAUCAUUCUUCCAGUUCAAAUUUGAAUCCAAUAAUUGGAUAUGAUCAGACUAAUCUUGUUUUACUGUAUCGUCCUCAACUGCUAGCAGAUAAAGCGUGGUGCUCAAAUGCAGAGAAUCCAGUACUCACUAUUAAUUUGGCCAAGUAUAUCAAACCAAUUUCUGUAUCAUAUGAACACGCUCACUGGGAAGGGAUUGUUCAGAACGGGGCUCCGAGAACAUAUGAUGUAGUGGCCUCUCUUGAUUUCUACUGCGAAAAAUGGAAGCCAUUGGUUUCAAACUGCGAAUACAGUCAAUAUGGAUCAAAUGAACAGAUGUGUAAUAUUUCUUCUCGUAUAGAUGUUCCUUUAAUUGGAAAAGUCCAAUUUCGGUCCCGUGAAAAUUAUGGAGGCACAAAAAUGACUUGUGUUCACUUAGUUCGUGUUUAUGGAGAGACGAAAACACCUGCAAAAAUUGAAGAGAAGAAUUUGAGAAGUGAAGAAAUUUAUACAGAUUUGAGAUGGUAUUAUCAUAAUAGCUACUUUAAAUAUAUUUGGGUCUUCAAAUUACAAUCUCAAGUUCAUAAGCUAGAGAAGAAGUCAGAACAUAAAAACCAUCGAUUUGAAAAUAGUGAAGACAUCAAACCAUCCAUAUCUGAUGUUAUUCUAGGCUCGAAGAUACAAGGACAAACUAAACCACCCGUUCCGAUAAAUCUCAAAGAUCCUAUGAUCUCCAAUGAAGAAUUUCAAUUCAACGCAGCAGAUUUUCUAAAUGGAGCAUCGGUGGACAAUGAUCAUUCUUCCAGUUCAAAUUUGAAUCCAAUAAUUGGAUAUGAUCAAACUAAUCUGGUUCUACUUGAUCGUCCUCAACCACCAACAGACAAAGCGUGGUGCUCAAAUGCUGAAAAUCCAGUACUCACAAUUUAUCUGGCCAAGUAUAUCAAACCGAUUUCUGUAUCAUAUCAACAUUCAAAAUGGCAUGGCACAAUUCCGAAUGGGGCUCCAAAAACUUAUGAUGUCGUGGCUUGUCUCGAUUACAACUGUGAAAAAUUAGAACGGCUUGUUUCUAAUUGUGAAUACAAGUCAUAUGGAGCAGGUGCUCAAGAACAGGUCUGCAAUAUCAAUCCUCAUCAAAAUGUGUCCUCCAUUGGAAAAGUUCAAUUCCGAUUCCGUGAAAAUUAUGGAAACACAGAAAUGACUUGUGUUCACUUGGUUCGUGUUUAUGGAGAAACCAAAACUCCUGUGAAAUCUAAGGAGAAGAAUUUGAAAAGUGAAGAAAUUUGUAGUAAUUUGAAACUCUUUAUUUUCUAUAAUGAAGCCAAGGAUAUACGACUGAAAAUGGAAAAGGAACCAAAUCCUCAGGAAGUUGAGCUUUCUGAAACAGAACCUCUGACUUCGAAUGCUCCAACCACGAGUUACACGGAAGUUGAAGAAACUGAAAAACCGGAAACUACACCUUCUGAUAAGCCACCACGCCGACCUGGAGUAUGGUGA